CCUCCGCUCCACAAGUUCGCGCGCAUAUCUUUCACCAGCCCGAGCUGUCACCCGCCAUUCUCGACCAGCCAAUUCGUUACCCCAACCGUGCGAACAAGACUGUAUUUAUGGUCCCUUUGCCGUGUUGACGUGGUCCUUGUCAAGUCAUUCAUUUCUCCACCCGCUGUGCACGGCCACGCAUCUGGUGCCAUAGCUUUGUUCGGGCGACGAUACAUACAUAUAGGGCUGUCACCGAUUCUUCUUGUCUGCUCGCCUCGUAAAAAAAAACGGGGCUAG